CUUGAUUCUGUGGGAGGAGCUCUGUGAUGCUGAGGCUGCUAAUGGACUACUGCAAAGUUCAAGGAGACAUUUGGAAUAUUGUGAUCUAAUCACACUGGAGCUCACUGGUGUUGCAGCUUGAUUCUUUUUCAGUGUUUAACUUAAAAUUUUGAAUGUGUCCUUAAUGAGAGUGAUGUAUUAGAGUUGUAAGUUGCAACAGGAUAGUACUUGGAAGAUUUCCUUGUGACCUUUGGGACUUUAGGAAGAUUAAAUACUAAAUUACUUGGAAAUUACCAUAAAGACAAGUUAAGGCCUUUAUUCAUCAUAUCGGGUUCUUUGCAGACUGGAAAACAUUGCUAAAAAGGAUUUGGUAAAUCAUCACCUUUAAAUCCACCAUGGCGCAGUCUCCCUCUAUGAACUUGUCAGUGGUGGAUGGAGACGAAGUGGAAGAGCAGCGGCCCCUCCUCCCACCGAGGAUGGUUCCAGCACCUCAGGCCUGCUCUCCACAGUGUGGGAUACACCACACAGUCCAAACAUCAAUUGAUCACACCAUGUGGCUGCACAGGACCCAGGCCAUGGCCACCACACCUUUAUAUAAUGGCCUUCUUUAUGUUACACCAUCGCCUCGCUGCAGCAGGGGAGACAAACCCAAAGGCAAAGAGGAAAAAUGUGUGAAAGGCUCAGGGGGGAGUAGACAAAACCCAGGACACAAGGAGCGAAAUCACCAGCACAAAACCAAAAACCCAGGAUCUCUCAGACUCCAGGAGAAAGUCACCUCUUUCAUUGACAUCCCCAUUGCUCCCUGUGGGUCACCCUUCAAGGGCCCCUGCAGGUCACAUUUAGAUGUCAAGGAUGUUGAGAGCAGAGGUCGCCACAAGUCAGGUACUGUUUCUUUGGAGAUGCACAACCGCCAGAGUCUCCCAGAGAUCAUCAUCACCAGCAAAGAUGAUGACAUCCAGCCACGCAAUGAGACGCCAAAGUACUAUCAGGAGCUGUGUGGUGAAAAAGGCCUGCUGCCAGGAGUCGAGUGUCCCAUUCUCAAUCCUAAAUGCAGUCCAAAAGACAAGGACGACCGCUACUGGAAGACUCACAGCAUUGGUUGGCGGCUGGUCCGCAGGAGGGCUCUCUUUCUGAGGAGGCAGCGGCUGAAUGACUGCGCCCUGGUGGUGGGGAUAUUCGGGGUGGUGAUGAUGGUGAUGGAGACAGAGCUGUCCUGGAGCGUCUACAGCAAGAGCUCUAUCUACUCUCUCGUGUUCAAGUCCGUCAUCAGUUUCUCUACAGUCGUCCUGCUCUGCCUCAUUGUAGCGUACCACUGCUGUGAGGUGCAGCUCUAUGUUCAUGACAUUGGUGCUGAAGACUGGCGGAUUGCCAUGACAACGGACCGUUUAGCUCUGAUAGCUCUGGAGCUGGCAGCGGUGGCCAUUCACCCCUAUCCGGUGGGUCUGCUUUCGUACUUCCAGCAGACCACGGCUCGCCUGACACUGUCAGAGACAGAGCUGGAGAUCGUCUUGGCUUUGCCCAUGUUCCUGAGGCUCUACUUGCUGGGUCGGGCCAUGAUGCUGCACAGCCGCCUCUUCACCGAUACUGCAUCCCGCAGCAUCGGAGCACUUAACAAGAUACACUUCAACACCCGCUUUGUGGGAAAAACACUAAUGACCACCUACCCCGGCACUGUGCUGAUGAUUUUCAGUGUUUCUCUGUGGAUUGUGGCAGCGUGGGGGUUACAUGUUUGUGAGAGACACCACAACUACAGAGACCUUAGUAGCAACUACAUGGAAGCCCUGUGGAUGGUCUCUGUCACUUUCCUGUCCAUUGGUUAUGGAGAUGUGGUGCCUCACACUUACUGUGGACGCAGCAUCUGCCUCCUCACUGGGAUAAUGGGAGCAGGCUGUACAGUCCUGGUGGUGGCCGUAGUCGCCAGGAAGCUGGAACUGACCAGAGCUGAGAAACAUGUUCACAACUUUAUGAUGGACUCCCACAUCUCCAAGAGGAUAAAAAUUGCUGCUGCAAAUGUUCUGAGAGAGACUUGGCUCAUCUACAAACACACUAAGCUGUCGAGAGAAAGAGACCACACCAGAGUCCGCAUGCACCAGAGGAAGCUGCUUCUGGCCAUCCACCAGCUUCGUCGUGUAAAGAUGGAGAAGAGGAUACUUGCAGAUCAGAGUAACUCCUUAGUGGAUCUCAACAAGAUGCAAAACCUGAUGUAUGACAUGCUGGCAGAGGUGCAGGGCUGCAGGGGGGAGCUCGACACACACAUCCACAGCCUGGAGAAGCAUGUGGAAGAGCUGAGGGAGGGCUUCAGGAGCCUGAUGCCGCUCCUGUCCAGUACCUUGUCCACACAGAACUCCUCCAUCCGCCACCUGCUCAGGGAAAGGGAGGUGAAGAUGGAGACUGCUAGUGUGAGCGACAGGUAGAGUGAAUGAGGAAGGUGAUGGAGAAAUGAAGGCUUCUCAGGGGGCUUCUGGAGGACCAUCUGCUUAUAAUGCAGCCAGGUGGGACAUUUUUCUUAGAGGUGGACACACUGGUGUUAAUAACAAAGUGAAGGCUGUACUGAAGUGUAUAAAAUUGUAUUUAAGUAGUAGCAGGAAUACUAUAAAGCCAAAAUGUGGACAGUAAAAUUCAUUUAUCAAGGCUUUUUGCAUUUUCCCUGUCCUUCCUGGCACCAAAAGUAAUUUUCCAAAAAUGUAAUUUUAUUCCAGCUUUGUUUUUAUAUUAUAUUAAAUUGAAUAUUUGGGUGUUUGGACAGUUGGUCUGACACUGUGCUUUAAGAAAUUAAGGGAAAUAAUCAUUAACAGAGAGAGAGCUUUUACCACUUCUAUCAGGGAGUAGCUUUAUCUAUAAACACGGCACUUUGUUCUUAUGUAGUAAAAAGGAUAAAUUUAAAUGCAGGUUUGUAAUAUACUGAU